CCCAAGACGGGCUGAGAGCGCACGCAGGAGGAGACACAGGGAGAGAGAAAGAGAGAGACCGAGAGAGCAGCAAAGGAAGAAAAGCCAAGUGACUGUCAAGAGGAUCUGAUCUUACGUCGCUGAAGCUGAGGAUGAUCUGAAACUCCAAAAGGACAGACGCUCUUUUCACCCUUUCUUUUGUAAGACUAGACUGUCCACCGCUGCUCUCACACGUCUUUUGGACGGAAAGGAGAGGGGAGGAGGGCGGUUUUGUCCAACAUGAACGUCACCUCGCUCUUCUCCUUCACCAGCCCGGCGGUCAAACGGCUGCUGGGUUGGAAGCAGGGAGACGAGGAAGAGAAAUGGGCGGAGAAGGCCGUGGAUGCUCUGGUUAAGAAACUGAAAAAGAAGAAGGGGGCCAUGGAGGAGCUGGAGAAGGCUCUCAGCUGCCCGGGUCAGCUCAGUAACUGUGUGACAAUCCCCCGCUCCCUGGAUGGACGGCUGCAGGUGUCCCAUAGGAAAGGUCUGCCGCAUGUCAUUUAUUGCCGGGUGUGGCGCUGGCCCGACCUGCAGUCCCACCAUGAGCUGAAGGCCCUGGAGUGCUGCGAGUACCCCUUUGGCUCCAAACAGAAGGAUGUGUGUAUCAACCCCUACCACUACAAACGAGUGGACAGUCCAGUGCUGCCCCCUGUGUUGGUACCGAGGAACAGUGAGUUCAACGCCAAGCAUACAAUGUUGCCUCGCUUCCGCAACCCUCUACAACAGAACGAGCCGCACAUGCCGCAGAAUGCCACCUUCCCAGAAUCCUUCACUCAGGCCAACACAAUGCCCCCCGCUUUCCCCACUUCACCGGUAAACAGCUACCCAAACUCGCCGGGAAGUGGCAGCAGCAGCGCCACCUUCCCUCAGUCACCAUCCAGCUCUGACCCCAGCAGUCCAUUCCAAAUGCCAGAGACACCCCCUCCUGCCUACAUGCCCCCAGAGGAGCAGAUGACUCAGGAUUGUCCCCAGCCAAUGGACACCAACCUCCUGGUUCCAGCUUUGCCAUUAGAGAGUAACAACCGGCCAGAUGUGCAGCCCGUGGCCUAUGAGGAACCCAAGCACUGGUGCUCUAUUGUUUACUACGAGCUCAAUAAUCGUGUCGGAGAGGCGUUCCAGGCGUCCUCCACCAGCGUGCUCGUCGAUGGCUUCACAGAUCCCUCCAACAACCGCAACCGAUUUUGCCUCGGCCUGCUCUCCAACGUCAACCGCAACUCCACCAUUGAGAACACCCGGCGGCACAUCGGCAAAGGUGUCCAUCUGUAUUAUGUUGGUGGGGAGGUGUACGCAGAAUGUCUGAGUGAUAGCAGUAUCUUCGUUCAGAGUCGUAACUGUAACUACCACCACGGCUUCCAUCCCACGACUGUGUGUAAGAUUCCCAGCGGCUGCAGCCUGAAGAUUUUCAACAACCAGGAGUUUGCUGAGCUGCUGGCCCAGUCCGUCAACCACGGCUUCGAGGCUGUUUAUGAGCUCACAAAGAUGUGCACCAUCCGCAUGAGUUUCGUUAAGGGUUGGGGAGCAGAGUACCACCGCCAGGAUGUGACCAGCACACCCUGCUGGAUUGAGAUCCACCUGCAUGGUCCCUUGCAGUGGUUGGAUAAGGUGCUAACCCAGAUGGGCUCCCCGCACAACCCUAUAUCCUCCGUCUCCUAGGCUUCACUGUCCUCAGCCCCGUGGCUGUCCAUAGCCCAGCAUUUUGGUCUAAGUAGCAAGAAUAGGGUCACAGAUCGGCUUGUGGUUCAGCCAGCCUGCCUUUUCCGAUAACUGAUUGACAUUUUGACUGAAACACAAGCUGAUCUGGGACAAGUAGGGCUGGGCGAGUUGUUAAAAUUGGUUUGUUCUCUACUUGAAGGAUGUCUGAAUUGGGCACAUUUACAGUCUGGGAGAGGAGUAAGCAAAGUGAGCGUGAUGCAACUGGAAGAUACUUGAUCUUUGUGACCAACUGUAAUAAUCAGACCAUCAUACUCAUCAUGACGCAAGUAUCCUCCCUGAUCUUGCUCCAACAAUGUCUCUUUUUCAUUGUUCUAUUAUUCUGACUCAUUACUAGUUUUCAUAUAAAUAUUCCCUCUGAAAUCCAGAUAUACUUGUGUAGUUACAAUAAUUAUGGGACAUUCCACCAAAAUUGCAGUCGGCUGCUGUCUGCUGCCUGACUGCAAUGAGGUUGGCAUGAAAUGUACUUACGACAUGUAAAAAGCUAGCAGGGACUUGACCAGUAUGACUGAAAAAUUGUAAUCAUCUCCAGAUACUGGAGCAGUACAAAGUUGUUGUAUAAAUAAAAUCCCAUAUCAGAGAUCAUGACAAAUAGUCAGAGGGCAAGUUUGAGAGUUAAGAGUGGGGUUUAGUGUGGGGCAUGGCACUUAAAAGGGCAUUUCAGACUAUUCCGAAAAAAAACAACUAAUGUUUAAAUGUUGCUCAUCUUGUGUUACACUCGUGUUUCAAAUGAAUUUUAAGAAAAAAGAAUAGUGUUUAGAUAUAUUCACUAUUAGAAUAUGUGCUGUGCAGUCUGGUUUUUGCAAAGCAUAGUUUGGUUAGUGUAGUGUUACACAUUUAAGACUGGUAGCUGAACACAGAUCAUGAAGCAGAGGCAAAUACAAGUGCAUUUUAGUUUGUCCAUUGCUGUAUACUCUGCAGCGAAAUCAAAUGUGUCAAAUACGGAGUCACAUUGAGGACAUAAAUAUUUCAGUGACUCCCCAUUCUCUUUUUACAUCAACUGAGCAAAACAUGUUAGAUGACUGUUAUGGGAAAAUGUUGAGCAUUCAAAUUUUAAUUGUUGACUGAGAAAAGGGUAUCAGUUACAGAUGUCCUAAUAUGAUUUUUCUUUUUUAUUAAAUGCAGAUUUUUGCCAUUCAGUUAUUUUAUGCUUUGAGCAAUCCUCUUUGCUGUUGAACUGUAUUACUCUUUACAUUCUUUUUGUAUUUUUCGAACAUGUUUUCUGUUGUCUGUCUGCACUUUCACACAUUGCCUCUUUGUUUUGUUUUAGUUUUUCUCCUUCUUUGUGUUUUUGCUCAGUAAAACUCCCAGAAAAGCAGUUUUAUUCCAUGAAUAUCAAGCCUCUACUGGAAGAUUCAAUAAAUUUGUUUCAAUACUU